UCUGCUAGUCAAUCCCUUUCCCAUUUUUACCCUCCAAGAGAGAGAGGAAUCGAUAAUUACGAGAAAUUUAGAGGGGAAAUUGGUGUAAUUUACUUAAUUAAGUAAGAUAUAUUAUAUAGUCAAAUACAAGUUUCAUUGUCAGUCGUCUUCUUCAAAUUGUGUUUUUAUAUAUUCCCAUUAUUCAACAAGCAGAGUAGAAACCCUAGCUCUUCUUUUUUUGCUCAAUUUCCAUCCAAAUUUCCAAUCCUGCACCUAUAUACUCUUAAACCCAAUUAUUCAAAGCUUUGGAGCUAAUGGGCAUGGGGGAUUAUCUGAAUAUUUAUCCCGCAGAACUGAAAUUCCCAUUUGAGUUGAGGAAGCAGAGUACAUGCUCCUUGCAACUGACCAACAAGACUGAUAGGUAUAUUGCCUUCAAGGUUAAAACGACUAACCCGAAGAAGUAUUGUGUUCGCCCUAAUGCUGGUGUUGUAUUGCCCAACUCCACCUGCAAUGUUAUUGUUACAAUGCAGGCACCGAGGGAGGCUCCUCCCGAUAUGCAAUCUAAGGAUAAGUUCCUAAUUCAGAGCACUAUUGCACCGGAUGGUUCAACGUCUAAGGACUUGUCACCGGAAUUGUUUAAUAUGGAGGCUGGGAAAGUUAUCAAUGAACUUAAAUUGAGGGUUGUUUUUGUUCCCGCCAAUCCUCCCUCACCAGUACCGGAAGAAUCUGAAGAGGGCUCUCCUCCAAGAGCUUUGAAUGAGAAUGAAACUAAAGUUUCUUCGUUGUCAGAGGCUGUAUCAAGGUCUUUGGAGGAGCCCAAAGAAAAAUUAGCAUCUUCUGAGGCUUGGUCUUUGAUUUCAAGGCUGACAGAGGAGAAAGGUUCUGCGGUUCAACAGAAUCAGAAGCUAAGUCAGGAAUUGGAGGCAGUAAGAAAAGAACUCAACAAAAGCAAAGCAGGCGGCUUCUCGAUGUUGUUUGUGGUGCUUGUUGGGCUAAUAGGUAUCCUGCUCGGGUACUUCAUCAGGAAGCGUUAGACGCCAUUUGAUAGGACACCUUUAGUUCAUCGUGCAGUUCGUUCUUUUGGGGUGUGGCAAUUUUCUUUGUGAAUCAAUCUCGAGCCAUUUGUUGUUUAGUAUAUUUUGUGUUGGUGUAAAAAUGUUGGGUCUUAGACAUUAUGUAUUCUGUGACACAAAACAUACACUUUUCUUCUUGAACUAGGAUAGACACAUUCUUGGAAACUUAUACAUGAUUUUGCCAAAGAUGUCAAACACAAUAAAUUUGUGGUUUUCAGAUCACAUGAGAAGAUGAAUAUUUGAUCAA